AUGGCGUCCCCUCAUACAUCGAAUACAAAUACAUCAGCAGUAACAAUAAUUACAGAAGAACUACAGCAAAAUAUCGUCGAAAAAGAAGUGUCAUCGAAGAAAACAUUAGACGAUAUUUCGAAUACAAUUGUUCAUCUGAAUGUUGGUGGGAAAAAAAUAAGUAUAUCAAGGAAGAUAUUGACUAUGAUUGAAGGUACUCUUCUGUCAACAAUAUUUUCGGAUCAAUCGAGUAAGAUGUUGAUCCAAGAUAUUGAUGGCGCUAUUUUUUUGAUUAUGAUCCUUGGUUAUUUAAACAUCUUCUAA